GAUCUUAGCACAUCAAACUUUCGGGGUGCAGCUUCCGAUGCCGCGAUGGAGCUUUCGGAAGCAGGCUUUCGAGUCACUUCCGACGAAAGACUAUCCAGUCUGCGGUACCCCGUGGUGGUAGUCGGGUCAGACACUGCAGGGAUCGUCUUCGGAAGCGAUACCACGUCUGUGAUCAUGCCAUACCAUCAACAUCUCACCAUGUAUCGCCACAUGUUGAGGGGACCGGAUGCUAACUUUGCAGUGACGUCUGAGAAGAACACGUCCGAGGAGGAGGAAGCAAGGCGUGCAGUCUCGAGUCGAGCUAAGGUCUAUAAAAGAUGUCAGCCCCGUCGACAAUGUACGGCAUCAUAUCAUCACAUCUUUCUACAUUCGCAAACCAACAAGUCAUCUUUACCACCCUCUCAAUCACCUCUUCAUCAUGCUCGGCAAAGUCUCAUUCGAAGAGGCCUACGAGAUCCCUCGUCUGGCAGACCAGAGCCGUGAUCAAGCAGCUCUGUACAUCGCCCCCAAGGACUUGGACCGCUACAUGCGCCAGAUAAAGUCUAUCACCGGCGAGCGUCUCGAAGUCUCGGACGCCCAUGGAAUUGGCUACACCAUCGUCUCCCUGACAGUCCCCGGUAUUCAAGGCAUCACCGAUCCCACCGAGGCCGAGAAGCACGCCACCGAAGUAAACGAAUACAUCGCCAACGAGAUCAAAGACCAUCGUGACCGUCUUGGCGCUUUCGCAGCACUCUCCAUGCACAACCCCAAACAGGCUGCUGAGGAACUCCGCCGUUGCGUCAAGCUCGGCUUCCACGGCGCCCUCCUGAACGAUGUCCAGCACGCCGGUUCUGAUGGAGAAUCCUACCUCUUCUACGACCAACCCGCCUACGACGACUUCUGGAAAGUAGCAGUCGAGCUCGAUGUCCCUGUAUACAUCCACCCAGCCGCUCCCAUGGGGAAAUACUACGAGCAGCAGUACGCUCAACGCAAGUACCUCGUCGGCCCACCCCUCAGCUUCGCAAACGGUGUGAGCCUUCACCUCCUCGGUCUCAUCACCAAUGGUGUCUUUGACCGCUUUCCCUCUCUCAAAAUCAUCGUUGGUCAUCUCGGCGAACACAUCCCCUUUGACUUUUGGCGUAUAAACCACUGGCUCGAAGAUGUCGAGAAGCCUCUUGCUGCUGCAGCUGGAGACGUCAUGUGCAAAAGGACAAUCUACGAUUACUUCAACAGGAACAUUUACCUGACCACUUCUGGACAUUUCUGUACUCAGACGUUGAACUAUGUUGCUGAAUACUUGGGUCCUGAGAGAUUGCUGUUUAGUGUAGACUAUCCUUAUGAGACUAUUGAGAAUGGAUGUGGAUGGUGGGAUGGAGAUGCAGAGAACAUUGCAAAGGCAUUGGGUGGAGAGGAAGCGUAUAAGAAUGUUGGAAGGGAAAACGCAAAGAAGCUGUUCAAGCUUGGAGAGUAUCACGAUUGCAAUGCUUGAAGCGUCGACAUCUCGAUUGAAUAGUUAAGAAAAACCCAGUAUAGAAGCGAUUUCCUGUUUUA